GUUAAUUCGUCGAACAGUUUGGCGCUCCCGUGGUUCGCUGUAAUGGAAACAGUGGAGCGGCGCACUGGAUUCGUCGCCGGCGAUGAACUUCCCAAAUUUAAACUUCUACUGUCGUGUCCGGCAGGUCUCUCUCCUUCCGAGAUUUGGGAGAGGAGAGUGGAACAAAACCCAUCCUUGUUCAACGGACUCAAGUUCAGGCCCAAAGAACUUGGCAUAAUAAGACAUCAAACAGAUGGAGAAUCAAUCCAGGAGAUGGUGGACAAAAGGGUUUCUGAGGAAAUGUUUGAGAGCAUUAUUCGUGAAGUAGUUGAAGAAAUUGGAGUUCCUGCUGCUACCCUUGGCAAGCCCAUCUUUAUUGGUAUAUCACAGAGAGCGUUGAAUGUUAGACCAACUGCCUUCUUCUUCAUUAAAUGCAGUCUUAAGUCGGAGGAGAUUCAUAAGUGCUAUUCGAGCGCUGAAGAUAGUUACGAAUCAACCCAGCUUUAUACCAUGCCAAUGAGUGAUUUGGCCCGCAUUAUGCCUAAGAUGCCGGGAUGCCACCAAGGAGGAUUUGCACUCUAUAAGUUGAUGGUUGAUGCUGUGAAAGAGAACAAACAGUCCUUGUAGGCACAGUGCAAAAUAAGAUAAUAACUUACAUAUGUUUUGAUGUAGUCUGUGAUGAAGAAGAAAUUAUAGGAAAUCAGUAUUAACCGUUCAGAAAUGAGAGUAUUCUCGCAUUGCAAUUUGUGAC